AUGGAUCCCAAAGACGUGCCCACCAACACCGAGGCCGAGCUCGAAUCUUUUCGCCAGAAAUGGAGGGAAGAGGUCACGGCCCGAUCCAAGGGCAAAGCACCUGCCUCUGCAAAGGCCACCGCCACUUCCUCAUCGAGCAAACAAGCCACCAAAAGCAAUGCGCCGGAUGUGCAAUCGCACGCCGACGCCCGUAGACUGAGCUUAGAGGGCGGCGAUGAGGUCGGUUCCUAUACGUACCAUGGUUUGGGUGAGAAACAGCAUGGUCGGAGGUUGGAUGAAAACAGUGCCCAAACCGCUGCUGCGCUCGCACCAAGUCCAGAACCGCAGUCUGCAUUGGAGCACUACGAGCAAGCUGUGGAAAAGGAGAGCCAAGGUAGCUUAGGAGAUAGCGUCGAUCUCUACCGGAAGGCAUUCAAGCUCGAUUCAAAAGUCCAAGAGACAUACAAAGCAAAGCACUUCCCACCCUCUUACUUCAAGAAGCUCAAGGCUUCACAAUCUUCGAAUGCCGCCGCUUCUUCAUCGACCGCUCCCGCUCCAGCUCCACCAGCCAAGCCCCAGGACCCCAAUUCCUCGAAUGCCUCUGCAACAGUACCGAAUACCGCCCACCACUCCCUACAAGGUCUCUCCAAAACUCUCCAAGAGCUCAUUGACUCUUACUCCGGCACCACGAUCCAUGGGGAACCCCCGCCAACAGAUCUCAGUCCUGCGCCACCAUGUCCCAUCGCCAACGUACCCGAGGAGAUCGUUGUCGAGAUCCUGGAGCAGCUUGCCAUACGAGACAUAGCAUCUUUCGUCCGCCUAGCUCAAGUCUCCAAACGGCUAGCAUAUCUGGUCCUUACUGAAGAUCGCGUUUGGAAACGUCUCGCUCUAGGCCCAGAAUAUGGAGUUGCAGCCAUGCAUUACACCUGGGCGUGCCAAAUCGACGGGAAACCCCUCGACGAUAACGACUCAGAUGGUAUCGUCCUCGGCACCGCCAAUUUAGACAUUUCAGACGACACUGACGCCGAAACGCCCAUUGAUUCGCCAGCCGCCACAUCUACGCCCGUAUCUCUCACACAGCUCCUAGUCCCCGCCAUCUACCCCACCUACCGCACCCUAUUCCAGCGCCGUCCUCGUAUCCGCUUCAACGGCUGCUACAUCAGCACCGAGGGUACAAUGCAUAUCGAGACACCGGGAGCUACGCCAAAGUACCUGUAUAAGAUGGCGCUGAGUUUUGGUAAUGCGGGCAAAGGAGCAAAGAAUAACAAACUUGUCUGGCAAGGAUACUGGAGUUACAACCGCUUGACAGAUGACUGGGGUGAAUUCGGAUUGAAAAACGACCGCGCAUUCUACUUUAGCAGGGUGAAGAGUUAUGGGAUGAGUUGGAGUGAACGAGGUAUUAAGGAAUAG